UUAAUGAUUCAAUGGUGUCUAUGAAUGGCAGCCCACCCUCCCCCAAAUGAUUCUCUGAUACACCCAGUAGCUGCGAGUAUAAUAACAGCUACUGGCUCCUUCUCCAAAAUCGGAGCUAAGUGUAUUGUUAUAAAACAAUUAAAAAGACCAUUGCAUGAGGUUUGACCCAAAUUACCUCAUAGUGUAAACAAGUCCCCUUAUUUAUUUGAGGUCGUUGGUGUGUCGACAUUAACGGGACAUUUUAAAGGCAAAUUGAAAGUGCGCCGUUCAUAGUCGAUCUGCCAAAAAGAAGGAAUAAAUGCAAUAUAUCUGCCAUGUAUUUUGCAGAUUCAUGGAAGGCCAUUAGUGUAGCAGAGUUUAGGGAAAUUGUACAACAAGAACAAAAAAUUAGAGAAAAGGCCAUUUUAGAGAAAUACGUGGAGUUGGGAUGGCAAGACUACUGCGCCAAUCUACGGGUUAGUGACGAGGAAAGAAGGGACUACUAUCGUCAGUUCCUCCUCGGUCUUGGGGAACUGUGCACUAACGUAUUGCCAUCUCGAGAAUCUACUUUUGAAGAAGCCAGACAAGCGUGCAAUGCAGAUAUUGAAGAAGCUAAACAGCUAGCAUUUCUUUUCCUGGCAGCACCACUCGACGGACAUGACAGGGAGAGAAGGCAGUGCGAAAUUCGAAAUUUUCGCGAGUUAUACCCCGGGACUUCCCAGUGCGGUGGAAACGUAGGCUAUGAAGUAAUGGUGUACAAUAAAGACGAACUUCUUGAUCAAGUCACUUCAUUCAUUCAAGUACACCGUAAAAAGGGACGUAUUGUCAUCUUGUUUGUUGGCCAUGGGGGACCUGACGGGCAAAUCACUCUGGCGGAAGAAAAAUGUCCCCUGAAGAAGUACAUUGCCUGCGUUAGCGCGGUGGCCAAGAACCUCCAUCCGGCCGUCCCUAUCGAUCUGAUCAACGCCCAGUGUUACGCCCAUUUGGUGCCCACGGCAGAACAUCCAUCUGUGAACAUAAUAAAUCUAACUAACAGACGUAAUCCCGUAACGCAUUCUUGGCACUAUUAUGAGGUAGAUUUCAUCUCCCACUUACCAAAUUGGCGCAUAAUAGAAUUACAAAGUUUGGCAAAGGCUGCUAAAGACAAACAAAAUAAAGAUGCCGGUAAAACGUUUAUUACUCCGCUGCCGCCGACUGAGGAGACGACACAGCCCACGCAAAGAGGCUUUUCUCCCGCACUGUUUCCAGACCCUAUUGACGAACGCUUCAAGUGUAAAACCUGCAAGUUGGUGCUGCGAGAUGCGAUGCAAACCCCUUGUGGACACAGACACUGUAUGACGUGUCUAGAUGACUUCAUCAGAUCCAGUGAUGGUCGACUUUGUCCGGCCUGUCCAGAAGGCGCAGAAGGCGGGGAAAGUCAGAUAUUUCGGGACAAUGCUAUGAGACUUGAAAUGCAUUCACUGAAGAUAAUUUGUGACCAAGGCUGUGGAUGGGAGGGGUCAUUGCAAGACUACCAGGAGAUUCAUGAAAAUUCAUGUCGUACAAUACAAUCCACCAUCCCCGAUGCCGAGCUCAGAGAGCGGUCGGACAGAGGCGCAGAGGGGCACGAACAAACAAUUUCCCAAGAAGAUGUUUCAAGACAGCCGGGUGUAGAAGAGCAAAUACAUGUACCUGAAUAUUUUGACCAAGAAGAGGAAAAGCUUAUCACAAAUUUUCAGCGAAUGGAAAUCUCAGCAGUAGAAGUACAUGACAACUAGAGCGGUGUUUUGAAUUGGAAGAUCACGAACUUUGUUGUCAAACGCCAGCAUUCCCUUAGCGGUCGUCUCACCAGCCUUGCCU